AGUGCGCUGACGGACUUUUGGAGAGUUCAGUGUUGUGCGCUCACGGUGCGUCACACGCUCAAAACCUCCACUGGAAGCGCACGACUGCAGUCUUAUUAUACAUGCAAAUACAACCAAGACUCCAGCUUCUCUCUGAAAACAACAGACUUCGUUUUACCCUAUACAAGCUUUAUUUCGGCUCUACUUGUGGCUGCAUCUCAGGAGUGAAAUGGAUGUCAUCCCUAUGUGUAGCAUCUUCCAGGAGCUCCAAAUUGUGCACGACACCGGAUACUUUUCAGCUUUACCAUCUCUGGAAGAGUACUGGCAGCAGACAUGCCUCGAGCUGGAGAGGUACCUCCAGAGCGAGCCCUACAUUUCAGCCACGGACCUCAAAUUUGAGAGCCAGGAGGACCUGUGGAGCAAGCUGAUGCUCGCCUGCGGGGACAAGUCAAACGAGACGGACCCAAAGAUCCCCCACAUCAAGGAGGAGGAAGACAAUCAGGACAGCCAGCACCUCGACGCUGGCGGCUUCAACUCCGACGCCAGCAGUGAGGCCUCGGACAGCUCCGAGGAGCUCUCCCCUACCCUUGACUUCUCCUCCAGCUCUUUGACUGACAUUCUGGGCGACGGUGGUGAAGAGCUGGGCUCCGCCAUCAUCAGCACGCCGCCGUCUUCACCCGAGCUGGGCAAGGAGAGCUCUGUCACCCAGGUGUGGAGUGGGAUACAGACUGUGCUGCACUCACCUGGGAAAAUAAGGACUGGGGGCAUGGAGAGGACAGGGCUGACCAGCGGGGAGGCUUCGCCGGACGGGAGGAGGCGGGUGCACAGGUGUCUCUUCAACGGAUGCAGGAAGGUGUACACCAAGAGCUCGCACCUUAAAGCACACCAGCGCACACACACAGGUGAGAAGCCGUACAGGUGUUCAUGGGAAGGCUGCGAGUGGCGCUUUGCACGAAGCGAUGAACUCACCAGACACUUCAGGAAGCACACUGGAGCAAAGCCAUUCAAAUGCAGUCACUGCGACAGGUGUUUCUCCCGUUCUGACCACCUGGCACUGCACAUGAAGAGGCACAUCUAAGAUGGCCUCUGUGUUGAAGGCCCUGAGGGAUGAUUCUGGUUGAUUGUCCUGACCUGUGGGGGAUCAGCGAGGCCGGUGUGUCCUGGGAGCGUUAACAGGCGCACCACCGUGUUCCAGUCAGUGGAAAAACAUGAAGCAACGCAGGCUAUUAUUUGCACCAUACUUAGUGCCUCCAACACCUCGCUGUGGAGAUUGCUCUUGAAAGGCUUUUUCAGAGGAGCGGGAGGGCGGGGAGAGACUUGGAAAAAAAAAAAAGUUAAACGGGAAAAAUCUGGGCUGGAGAAGACAGGAAGAGACUCUUCUGUAUGGUGUUCAACGCUUUUUUCCUGGAGGAUUAUGGGACUCCUGCAGGGGUGCCGUUCCUCCAAUGACAGUGUGUUUGCCUGUGCGCAUGGGGACUGUGAGUGCCUGCGACUGGAUGCCUGUGCUGGCUUUAUGGAGCGGAUGGAGCUUGCAUUGUGGAACUGCGAGUGAAUGGCAUGGAUGGGUUGAUGUUACACAUGGGAGGCUUUUAUUUGAAUGGGGGGGUAUCUGUUGUCUCACUGAGAAUGAAUGCAAGCAGAAAAAAAAAAGGUUUUGUCUGUGCUGUUUGAGUCUAUUGGCUGUGGAGAGGAGUUGGGGGUUGUUUUGGUGGAGUUAAAUUACGGAAAGAGCAUCCCCUUUCUGCCUGGAGGUGGAACUACAGCUCCCGGUUCAAAAAGUGGGAGGUGUUUUGUUAUAGUGCAGCUAUUAAAUGUGCAAUGUAUUACGUAGCCUGUCUCAAAACAUACACGCUAUAAAGCUCAUUUUGUUGUCCAUUGUGUAAGCUCUGUAUCUUGAAAGAAAAAAACAAAAAAAACAACGGUUGUACACAAACAGUUAUCGCCAUUAUAACAGAAGUUGCAUGGGAUCUGGGGAUGUUUUGCUCACCUGUUUGCUUAUCGGACAACAAAAUUCCAUUUGAGAGCAGCUACCUUCAUAUUACUCAAUAUCAUAGUAUUGUACAAAACACAUAAGGCAGUCAUUUUGAUUUUUUUUGUUCUUAAGUUGGGGAUACCACUAUUGCUUGGCAACUGUCUUGAUCAUGGGAUUUUUCUUCCUUUUUUUCUUCACUUUUUUCUCUUUUUCUUUUGUUCUAUCUGUAAAUGCACUGUUGACCUUACUGAUGCCUUAUGUAAGUGGCCUUGUCCUGUUAAAUAGAUCACUCUCUCUUUCUCUCUCUCUCGCUCUCUCUCUCACACACACACACACACACCUACACAGAGGAUGCAAAUGCAGUAGUGUGUUAUUGAAUAGCUUUACAAAAGCUCUGAUCCAUACAGUCGCACCUUUUUCCCUUUUUAUCUUGCGACAAGCUCCUCUAAACCCCUGAAUAAUAAAAAAAUAACUAUAUAUCAGCUUCAAAAUGACUGCCAUUUUUACAUUUCUGUGCAUUCUUUGUUGACUAUAUCAUAACAAUACCAGAACUAAAUCAUAUUCCCCAAAAUGACCCAGGUUUGAGAUAGAAUUGUGGAGCACUUGGAAAGCAAUUCAGUUUUGUAAAGGUUUUUACUACUAUGUAGUAUAAGGUGGUGUAGAUGCACUUCAGAUGGACUGUAACUAGCUGUCAAUGGUACAGAUUCUUGGAAACAUGUUCUCAUGAAAUGUGGUGCGCUCAGCCACCAAGGUUGUUAUAAAUUAGGAUUUACUGCAAGGAAAACAUAUACGUUGGGGCCAUUUAUAUCCACUGAUGUGUCAAAGGCUCUUUAAGAAGGAUGUGUCCUCUAGAAUAAUGACAACACUCUCAAUCUUUAGACUGUUUUGAUGUUGAGUGUUUUGGUAAGUCUCGCCCUCAAGGUGAGUCAGUGUCUAUACUCAAUCCUGGUUUAAACAACCUGUGAUCUGAUUAAACGGUACCAAAACCGGUCUAACCAGUUUGUCUGAGCUGUGCUGCAGGUCCGGGGGUUUCUGUCUGUCUGUGCAGGUGAGCUAAGAUGAGACCAGGACCAGAUGUUUGUCUGUACCAAUCUCACUUAUAUGCAUGUUUUAACUUGAGUUAAAAGGACUUCAACGCACUCCUGUGUGGGUUGAUAAAAUUCUCUGCUAUCUUUAGUUUAUUUAAAUUCUUUCAAUACGAAAUUGGAUAAACCCGAUCAAAAUUUAAAGAUACUUUCCUUACUUCUAGAAAACAUUUUGGAGCCACAGAGUAAAACAGAUGGAAGUGUUCAAGCAGUCAUUAAACGUGAUGUGUGUCACCCUGUAGUCGACCUCACAGGCAGCCUUAUUGUGACCCAACAACUGUACAGGUUAACCUGGUCGACAUUAAAGAAAAUCAGUAGGCCAAUGUUCCUUUUUACACUGAGAAAUGUUGAAAAUGCAAAGAUAUGUACAUUGUAAACGAAGAGAAUUUUGUAAGCAAGCUUCUAUUUUGAGAGGGUACGGGACCAAAAAAGAAAAAAACAAGUGCAGUGUGUUGUUUCUAAAGAUGAACCAAUAAAAGACAAGAGGCUGAACGAUUAUUGUACAAUAGACACACUCCAUUCUCCUUCAUUUGCUUCUGUGACAUCUUUCGUUUUUUUGGUUUGAUUGGACAACAUUAGAGCAAAUGUUUGUUUAAAAAAAAAAGGCAUCAAUAGUGCGUACACCUGUGGCCUAUCAUCUUUGAAGAAAAAAAAAAACAAAAACAAAAAAAAAACCUACUUUUCAGACGUGAAUUGUUCUGGACACUUGAAUUGUUAUCAUUUUGCAUUCUGGUGCCCGCUAAGUAUUAUGUUUUUUUUUUUGUUUUUUUUGUUUUUUAUUUCCCAUGUGAUUUCUUUCUCUGAAACUUUCAAAGACCUGAGAAGAUGCCCUAUCUUUAGCUAGAGAAUCUUUAUUGGACAAACAUGGAGAUAAAAAUGUGACGCUCUAUUUUUGUUUGUUUUAUGGCAUAACAAGAUUUUUUCAUUUGAAAUUGUUUUGUAAAAUAGUUUCUGUAUGAAUGUAUUUUUUAUUGGAAAAUCGAUAAAAAGAAUUUAUUGGA